GCGACGAAGGUAAGAGCACACAGCCCGGUUGAUCAGAUUCUGUACUGGGUGACUUUUAGUCGGUGUACGGGUGUGGUCCUGCAAGACAGCUUCUCGUGUAUUUGUGAUCUGGGAUACCUUUAACACGGCAGCCAUGAAGAUCUUCCUGUUGUGUGUGCUCCUCGGGACAACCUUGGCCAAGCCCAGUGCUAAGGAAAUGAAAGAUGAAGAGAUGUUGAUCCACGUUGAAGACAACGGUGAUGGAUGUUCUUGUAUGGAAAGGCACGAUGUAGAAAUGGACAUGUUUAGAAAUAUGCACGAGCAUGAUCACUACGAUGAAUAUCCAGAAGGAAUGACUCUUAAUGAAUUCAAACAAAUGGUGGUGGUGGAGACGGCAGAGAUGCUCAAGAAAAAAGCCCAAAGUGAUCAAGAAGUGGAAGCUAGAAUGCUCUGUGGGGGUGACUGUUUCCCUCUAUUUAAGAGGUCCAAGAGAACGUGCAACAGACUCUUGCUGGAAGGCUGGCCCCUCGCUUCGUACCAUCCCACGUGUAUUAUGACCACCUUGCAGAGACUGUCUACCUGCUGCAGUGACAUGUUGUAAUAGCUAAGUUAUGUUGAUGGAUUAUCUCGGUAUAAAAUAAAGAUAGAGAACGUUUCAA